UCUCUUCUCUUACCUUGGAAGCAAAUUUACUAAAAAGGCCUCCUCCCCCGUCUAAUUAUAUAAAGCAAGCACCGAAAGUCGACUUGUUCAUUUUGUUGAAGGAAGAACCCUAAAAGUCCUAAUUCAUCCUCCCCAGAACUCCCGGCAUGGAGUCAUCUGUGGGCAUCAACGAGGCACUUGGAGAUGACGAGCUUCGUUGGGUGCUGGGAAAGCUGGAAGGCCAGAGGGACAAGGAGGUGUUCGGGCUGGUGUGCAAGAGGUGGCUUCACUUGCAGAGCACCGAGAGAAGGAGACUCUCCGCACGUGCCGGCCCUCACAUGCUCCGCAAAAUGGCCGCCAGGUUCUCCCGCCUCCACGAGCUCGACCUCUCCCAGUCCCUCUCCCGCUCCUUCUAUCCAGGUCUCACCGACUCUGAUCUCUCCGUCAUCGCCCAUGGCUUCAACUCCCUCCGCCUCCUCUCCCUCCAUAACUGCAAAGGAGUGACGGAUGCUGGUAUCGCUGCUAUUGGAUCUGCUCUUUCCUCGCUGCAGUCCCUAGAUGUAUCCUACUGCAGAAAGCUAACUGACAAAGGAUUGUCAGCUGUCGCUCUUGGCUGCUCUGAUCUCCGCGCUCUGCAUCUCCAGGGCUGCAGAUUUAUCACCGACGUUACAUUACGGGCUCUUUCAAACAAUUGUCACUCUUUACAACACUUGGGCCUCCAAGGCUGUACCAAUUUAUCCGAUUCUGGUCUUACUGAUCUCGUCUUUGGGUGCCAACAGAUUGAGUUUUUGGACAUCAACAAAUGCAGCAACAUCGGCGACAUUGGCGUUUCCACUCUCUCCAAGGCCUGUUCAUCUUCUCUCAGGACACUCAAGCUAUUGGACUGUUACAAGGUCGGGGACGAGUCUAUUACAUCAUUGGCCAAAUUCUGCCAACAACUCGAGACUUUGAUCAUUGGCGGCUGCCGCGACAUUUCUGACGCAUCCAUAAAAUUGCUGGCCUCUUGUUGUAAGACCAGUCUCAAGAACUUACGGAUGGAUUGGUGUUUGAAUAUCACAGACUCUUCUUUGAGCUGCCUUCUGGUUGAGUGCAGAAACCUAGAGGCUCUUGACAUUGGGUGCUGCGAGGAGGUGUCUGAUGCUGCCUUUCAGGGCUUAAACGGCGCCCUGACCUUGAAGGUCUUGAAAGUUAGUAACUGCCCGAAAAUCAGCGUGGCAGGGAUAGCUAGGGUGUUGGAGAAAUGCAACAUGUUGGAAUACCUGGAUGUAAGGUCAUGCCCUCAAAUUACAAAGGGGGGAUGUGAUGAGGCCGGAUUGCAGUUUCCUCAAUCUUGUAAAGUCAACUUCACGGGGAGUUUAGGCGAGCCUGAUGUCUUACUUUGAAACCUUGCUUGCUUGCUUUUCAGCUUAAAUCUGGCCAGUCCUGCCCUGCUUUGCAAGUCUUGGGGUCUGAUACAAUGUUGGUUUAUCUUGUAUGAAAAUGCCUCCUUGACAAUGUAUGGUUUGUACAUGUUUCUUUCAUUGUGAUUAGAGUUGAAUAAAACUUGGUUUUUUUUUUGUGACAAGACAA